AGGAUUCUAAUUUCUUUAAAGCUCUGUUUUCAGGAAAUUUUUCUGAGAACUUUUUACCUCCAGAGGAUCAGUGGAAUUUGAUCUGAAGGCUGGCCAUGACAUCGCAAGGCCAAAGUUUGAAUUCCACUUCAGAUGAUAACUGUCAAGUGAACUUUCGAGGGACGCUUCUGACUAUUGAUUCGUGCCUGGGGGAUCAAGAUGUGGAGCGCCUGAAGUUUCUCUGCCGAGACUCCAUCGCCCCUAAGAACCUGGAGAAGUGCGGCUCAGCCUUGGAUAUCUUUGAAUACCUGUUGGCAGAGCAAUGGCUGAGCGAGGAAGACCCCUUCUUCCUGGCGGAGCUCCUCUACAUCAUCAAGCAGAAUGUCCUCCUUCGGCACCUCCGCUACACCAAGGAGCAUGUGGAGCGCUGGCUGCCUGUCCGCAGGAAGGUCUCUCUGUUCAGAAACCUGCUCUAUGAACUAUCAGAAGACAUCAGCUCAGAGAACUUAAAGAGCAUGAUCUUCCUUCUGAGGGAGUCGAUUCCAAAAGUCCCGAUGGCCCUUUUGCAUGUCGGAAGUGAAGGCGUGGUGAUCUUUCAAGAUGCGAUUCACGUAUCACCUCCCAUGUGCAGCUUGUGUUAUACCUGCUCUGUGGAGCAGACCUCUCUAAGUUUCCUGGCAUAUCUGGAGAAACAAGAUAAAAUAGAUGAAGAUAAUCUGGCAUUACUGGAGCGUCUCUGCAAAAAAACUGUACCUAAUCUUAUGAGGAAGAUAGACCAAUAUAAAAGAGAGAAAGCCUCCCAGGUAAGGGAACCUCCUGUAGCCAAGGAAACUGAGUCAUUGCAUCAAGGAGAGAAAGAACUAUUUUCCCGGUCGGACACUGACCAAUUCUUUAGAGCGUUGCCGGAGGUGUCCUGGCAAGAUGAACAUGCACAGAGUAAUGGUGGCAGAGCAACCCCGGGCUCCCUGGAGAUGUUGGGAGCAUCUGUUGACACUCUAACUUCUGAAACCAGCACAAAGGAGACAGCUGUGUACAGGAUGGAUCGGAAACACAGAGGGCAUUGUGUUGUUGUCAAUAACCACAGUUUUACCUCACUGUCAGAAAGACCAGGGACCAAUAAAGAUGCUGAGUGCCUGAAGCGUGUGUUUCAGUGGCUUGGGUUCAGCGUGCACACUUAUGUCAAUGUGACUAAAGGCCGCCUAGAGGAGGUUCUGAAGUAUUUUCAGACUCAUCCAGGCCACGCUGAUGGAGACUGCUUUGUGUUCUGUGUUCUGACCCAUGGGAAAUCUGGAGCUAUCUACUCUUCUGAUGGGGACCUCAUUCCCAUCCGGCAGAUCAUGUCUCACUUCACAGCUCAGCACUGUCCUGCUCUGGCUCACAAACCCAAACUCUUUUUCAUCCAGGCCUGUCAAGGUGAAGAAAUACAACCUUCCGUAUCCAUUGAAGCAGAUGCAGUAAAUCCUGAGCACGUGCCCCCUUCCCUUCAUGACAGUGUUCCUGUUGAGGCGGAUUUCCUUCUUGGCCUGGCCACUGUCCCCGGCUACAUGUCCUUUCGGCACGUGGAGGAAGGUAGCUGGUAUAUCCAGUCUCUGUAUAAUCAUCUGAAGGACUUGGUCCCAAGACAGGUAGAUAUCUUAUCCAUUCUCACUGUUGUCAACGAUGAUGUGAGUCGACAAGUGGACAAACGUGGAACGAAGAAACAGAUGCCUCAGCCUGCUUUCACACUACGUAAAAAAGUAGUAUUCCCUGUGCCACAGGAAGAACUUGUACUAUAGUAGAAAGUUUUGAUCGAUGCUUAAACUUGAAA